CGCCAUAAAAAAAAAACGAAGAAGAAGAAACGAAAUUUAUCCUCACCUCAUUGGUGUGUUGUCUGUCAGCUGUCGUAAAAUACAUUUACAAACAAAAAGAAGAAAACCUGAAUUGUACGUGACUUUAAAAUAUUGAAGCAUGUCUACCCGGGCUCUACGGAGGCUCAGAGGGAAGCAGCGGGGUCAGGAGGCUUUGGACUUCGGGGAUCUGGGUGAGAGCCCCGGGGAGCAGGCUGAAGCCGACACCGAGGAGGAGCAGCUGGACUCGGCUACUGUUUCUCCCAACAGCAAAGGCAGAAAGGAAAAGAAAAACAAGGCUCAGAAAAACAUCAGUAACAUCUAUGAGCUGAUAUGUGACGCAGACAAUGAGGUGGAGAAGAUUUCACCUGAUGAAGAGGCGGCGAAACCAGAGAUAAAUAAUGCAAGUGGUGCAGGAAAGAAUAAUAACAGAGACACUGAGAAACAAGAUAAAAACAAUGAGGAAGUAUCUACUAAGCAGUCUGAAAACCGAGUAAAAAAGAAGAAGAAAAAGAAGAAAACAAAAGUGGCAUCGGAAAAUGGACAAGGAGAAGAACCAGAAAAUAUUGAUUUAUUGUUGGAAAAUCUGGAGCAGCCCAAUGGUCUGAGUCUACAAAGUGAAGAUGGGGGAGGCUUUAACAGAAAAUCAGUGAUGCACGUGGAGCACAGAAAUCUCAACCCUGAGACUGAGCUGAAGAGAUUCUUUGGUGCUCGAGCUGUAUUAGGAGAUCAAAGACCUCGACAAAGAAACAGACAUUUCCACCGCAGUAUCUGGAUGACCAGUCCAAAGGACAGUUGGCCUCGUUUCAGCCGUCCAGGAAUUUCAAUGUCCUUACUGGAGUCAAAGAAUGGCCUCCAGUUCUUCACCUUCGAACAUGGUCGGGACUACCAACAAGUACAGUUCAAGUUCCUGGAUGCAGUCGAAUCCAUGGAUCCUAACAACAUUGUUGCCCUGCUUCAGCUCAACCCAUACCACAUUGAUUGUCUGCUGCAGCUUUCUGAUGUCUGCCAGAUUCAGGAGGAUCAAGAAAUGGCCAGGGACCUCAUUGAAAGGGCUUUGUACAGCUUCGAGUGUGCUUUUCAUCCUCUAUUCAGCCUGACAUCAGGUACCAGCAGACUGGAUUAUCUGAGACCUGAAAACAGAGCAUUUUAUCUGGCUCUUUAUAAGCACAUGAUGUUCCUGGAGAAGAGAGGCUGUCCACGGACGGCUUUGGAGUUCUGCAAACUGAUCUUUAGUUUGGACCCAGAUUCUGACCCACUUUGCAUGCUCCUCCUCAUUGAUUUCCUGAUGCUGCGCUCCAGGGAGUACAAGUCUUUCCUUCACUUGUGUCAAGACUGGGAGGAGCACAGAAAUCUUUCUCAGCUGCCAAAUUUUGCAUUCUCCUGUGCACUUUGCCAUUUCCAUCUGAGUCUGCAGGAUGAUCUGGGCCCUGAAGAAACCAACAAACACAAACAACAAGCUGACCAGAUGCUCCAGAGCGCUCUUGUCAUGUUCCCUGGAGUCUUGAUGCCUUUAUUGGAUUUGUGCACUGUGCAGCCAGAUGCUACAGUCACCUCACACAACUUCUUUGGCCCAAAGAGUCAGAUUGGGCAGCCUCCGGCUCUGGCUGAACUGACAGCUCUGUAUGUGGGGAGAACAUACAGUCUGUGGAGGGAGGCAGUGGUAAUGCUCUGGCUGGAGGAGUCUGUGAAGGAGGUGCUGCGUCGAGUUGACGUCAAAGAUUCUUACGUGGAGGAAUGUCAAAACAAGAGAAAGCAGAGGUACCAAAGUGCACCGAGAAACAUCCAUCGCCAUGUCAUCCUUUCUGAAAUCAAAGAUGCCACCUCCACUCUGCCUUUAGAGGUAACCGCUCAGCCCAUGAUGGGCUUUGACCCCCUGCCGCCACUUGACUCAGUGACAUCAUACACCAGACCUGCGAGGCAGAAUGUUGGCGCGUCCAAUGAGAGCACACUGUCCCUGUUCAUCCGCUCUUUGAUGCCAAACUUCAACCUUCAGGGUGGAGCGAGGCAGGAGGAUGAGAUGGAGGUGGCUCGAGCUGGCCAGGAGCUGAACCAAGAAGUAAACCGUUUGAUGGCGGCGAUGAGGGACAUGCUGGCUAACAUCCGGUUCCAGGAGCCGCCCAGAGAAGACAACCCCUACAGAGAUGACGAGGAAUGGGACUGAGAAGAGAGAAGUCCAACUAUUAGAAAUUAAAGUUAAAAAAAUUAAUCCAAAAUCUGUCUUUGUGCCUAUAAAAAGAUGGAACGGGAAUUCUUCAUACUUCAGUAGUUUUGUUUUUAUCGUUGCAUUUUCCAGAUGUUAAAAUUCUGCCUUAAUUUCAUGAGCACUCGGCUGGAUUGGAAUAAUUUAUGAAACUGUAAAACAAAAGCUUGUCAACAGAAACCAUCUUGUUACCAAAGAUUUAGUUUUUGAUUAAGGCCUGUUCAGCACACACCCUCAAACUGUGCACUUUUCAUUUUGCCUUGUUUGUUUUUGAGCUCAACUGAAGUUCAGCAACACAAGUUCAACAUUUAGUUUUAGAGCAUUCAUAAAGUAUUUACUCACACUAGAAACAAACUAACUUGCUUUUUUGAUUGAUGAAAACAUUUGUUACUGAAUACAAUUUCAGUAAAUUCUCUUUUCUUGUUAUUCUAAAUGGAAAUUUUUAGCUCAGUUUUGUGGCACUUGUGAAGUUAUUGAGAUCUCAGUCACUUUUAUGUUGCAGAAAAAUAAAUUAUAAACUUGAAGUAUUACAA